CGAAAACCCAUCAGAAGAAGAGAACUUUGUUUGGUGGGUCCAAUUAGAAUCUGAAAAUUGGGCUUUUUGUGAGCUUGUCAAGAAUUUGCAUGAAGAGGCCCAGUCUCUGCCCAACUCCCAACAGUUACAAGCUUUACCGCCAAGUUGUAUAAUCGAGAUUUACCAGCAAUGAAGAGUGAUUUAGACCCAUUAAAUCUCAAGCUUAACCCAUGAUGGUGAUGGGUUCAUUCAUGGCACCGCCGGUAAUCAUGUGAUUAAAGAGGUGGAGGCCCCAUGUGGUCUGUUUAACAACAAAAUUUGAACCCAAACAUGGGUUGUUUCUUUGCCCAACGGAAAGUUAAAAAGUCUCAAUCUGCGGGCUGAGCCUGAGCAACAAAACGAAAGCACCUAUGGCUCAUGCAACGACUUCCAGGCUCUUGCCAGCUAUUUGUCCACGCUUCCCUCAUCUUUUUUUAUUGUUUAGUAUCAAUUUUCGUUAUCAUAUUCUUGUCCAAUUUCUGCAGUCACACGCUCUUCGCGCGACACGCAUUAGCUCUUGCAACACGUCCUCCAAAUCUAAUAUCUCCAUUGCUUGAUCCAAGAAACCCUCUUUUGAGGGGAAGAAAAGGGAAACCUUUACUUCUCAAUGUAAUAGUAAUUGUCAAUCGGUGUUUUAGGUGUUUUUACUGUGUACUUCUCUGGAAACUUUUUGGAAUUUCCUUUGAUUAUGUGACUGGAUCGAUUGGCUGCUAGAGUGAGAUUGUUUUAUUGGGAGACGGAUAGUGUUGAGUUGAGUUGAGUUCUUUAUCGAAAUUGGCAUCUGUUAUCGGCUAUGGAGAAUCGCAGCGAGACAGAAACUAGUCCUUUUUUGAGUUUGUUUUCGGCCUUGUCAUAUGGGAUUGCUUCGAUGGCUAUGGUCUUCAUCAACAAGGGAAUUCUUAUGCAGUAUUCUCACUCAAUGACCCUUCUCACUCUGCAGCAAUUGGCGACUGCUUUGCUCAUACACUUAGGCCAGCAAAUGGGAUACACAAAAGCCAGGGGAGUAGACAUGCAAACAUCAAAGAGGCUUCUCCCAAUCUCUCUAUUUUACAAUGCUAAUGUGGCAUUUGCUUUGGCAAGCUUGAAAGGAGUUAAUAUUCCUAUGUAUAUUGCAAUAAAGAGACUUACUCCACUUGCUGUACUCAUUGCUGGCUUCUCUUCAGGAAAAGGAAAACCUACAGCGCAGGUGACACUUUCUGUACUAUUGACUGCUGCUGGGGUUCUUGUAGCGGCGCUUGGAGACUUUUCCUUUGAUCUAUUUGGCUACAGCAUGGCUCUUACUUCUGUUUUUUUCCAGACGAUGUACCUUGUCCUUGUUGAGAAGUCUGGUGCAGAGGAUGGGCUUUCUUCAGUUGAGAUAAUGUUCUACAACAGCUUCUUGUCUCUUCCAUUUUUGAUGUUUCUGAUCAUAGUUACAGGAGAAUUUCCAAACUCUUUGUCGUUGCUUUUUGCUAAAAGUAAUUCUUUAUCAUUUUUGUUGAUGCUUAUUCUUUCAUUGGUGAUGGGAAUAGUUCUCAACUAUACCAUGUUCUUGUGUACUAUAGUCAAUUCUGCUCUAACGACAACUAUAGUGGGAGUCCUCAAGGGUGUCGGGUCCACGACCCUUGGUUUUGUGUUACUGGGUGGCGUGCAAGUACAUGCUCUGAAUGUGACUGGAUUGAUCAUCAACACAGCUGGUGGUAUAUGGUAUUCAUUCGCCAAAUAUCAGCAAAAGAAGAGGAAGCCACCGAGAUUAACCUCAGACGUGGAGGCUCAUCGUAAAUGAACUCGUGCUGGAAGAUUGCUAGCUGUGAUGAAUUUCUCUACACGUCUUCUGUUAUAUUUAUACCAUUUACUAUGAGAUGAUAGUGGCAACCAAAUGGAAAGAGGGGUGGUUGAAUUCUGAAUGAAGCUAUAGUGAAAUGAUUCUGUUCUUUUAUUCUCAUAACAGCUUUUUAGUUUGAGUUGAACACAUUUGAACGGUACUUCACAUUUCACAAACUCUUUAGCUUAAUGUAUGAAAUAUUAAUUCGAGAUUUAA